GAAAUGUAACAAAUUGAAGAGGAAGAAGAAAGAACUCGAGCCGUGAGAGCUGUGCCACGUAGACACACAGAAGACGAAAAAGUUUUAUUUUCAUGUUACGAAAGAGCGUCGCUGUUCAGAGAAGAAAAUUUACAUACCGUUAAUUCAGUUUUCAAUCGCAUCCACUAAACCCUAAACCCUCUGAUCUUUCUCUGUCUCACAUGAAUGCAAGCUCUCAAAUCACUCUUCAGCCCCUCCUCACCUUUUUGUCUCCACAAGUUUCCCACAAAAAAACCAACAAAGUCCUUCCUUUCUCUCUUCUCAAAUCUCUCUUCACCCACCAAAACCAAAACCAAACCUAAAACCCCAUUUUCAAACUCCACCAUCAUAAAUUACCUAACCAACACCUUAAAAUUCUCAAAAACCCAAGCACUUUCUAUCUCAACCCGCUUCUAUUAUGUCAAAUCCACUGAAAAGCCACAAUCCGUGGUUCUCUUCCUCCAAAACCUUGGGUUCUCCGAAACCCAAAUAAGAUCCGCGGUUCGUGUCUCACCCCAUAUAUUGUUCUCUGAUAUUGACAAGACCCUUAAGCCCAAGAUUGAGUUUUUCCAACAACUGGGUUUUGUUGGUUCUGAUCUGGGAAAGUUCAUUUCCAAGAAUUCCACGCUUUUGAGUGUGAGUUUGGAGAGAAGGUUGAUACCUUGUGUUGAGAUUCUUAAGAAAAUCUUGUGCAACAAUGAGAAUAACCAAUGCCUUCUCCGGGUUUUGCGGCGGUGCAAUGGCGUGGUUAAGGGAGACCCUGAAUCAAGGUUGUUGGGCAACAUUGCUUACUUGAAGCGUUGUGGGAUUGUUGGGUCUCAGCUCUCAAUGCUUUUGACUAGGCAGCCUUGGCUUUUUGUUAUUCAAGAAAACAAGCUUAGAGGCCUUGUUUCUAGAGUUUUAGAUAUGGGGUUUGUGGUUAAUUCAAGGAUGUUAGUUUAUGCAGUUUAUACAGUUAGUUGCAUGAGCCAUGAGACUUUCAUGAGGAAGUUAGACUUCAUUCGGAGUUCCGGGUUUUCUUCCAAUGAAUGCAUGGAAAUGUUUAGGAAGGCACCUGGUUUGCUUAGGGCCUCUGAGGAGAAGUUAAAGCUUGGAAUUGAGUUCUUUAUGAAUACCAUUAAGUUGGAAAGGUCGGUUUUAAUUCGUUUACCUUCAUGUUUGAUGUUUAGCAUGGAGGAAAGAGUGAUUCCUCGGUACAGGGUUUUGCAGAUUAUGAAGUCCAAAAGGCUGUUGAAGAAGGAGCCAAGUUUUCUUCACAUAUUGAAUUUAACUGAGGAGGUGUUCUUAACGAAGUUCAUUGCAAAGUUUAGUGAUCAUACUGAGGAAUUGUUGGUAGCUUACAAGGGUCAUUUAUUGGAUUCUUCUUCUGAGGAUGAAACUUUGAUAUGUGUUUAGCCUUCAUUUCCUUGGUAAGACUUUUUGGGUGAAUUAAAAGAAUGUGGAAAGUUGAUAAUCAAUGUUAUAGAGUGACUUGCUUUGACAAUGUUGAGUAAUUCUUGUUUAAAGUAUCUUGGCAGAGCUUGUUUUCCUGGCAGCUCAGAGGGCCUUCCAUGAAGAUCAUACAGAUUUUGAGAAAUGCGGUAUUAAUUGUAAAAGAAAAACACUGAGAAACAGUUUUGUUUUGGCCGCUGUGUGAAUUUUCCAUUCACUUAUAUUUGUUGAUUGUCAAUUGUCAUUGUAUUUUUUCCCAACCUGCAACCAGCCAAUACAACUGUCAUGGAAUUAGAAUUUCAUUUUCUUGUGAUUCUUGACAGGUCAUUAUAUAUGGUGGAAGAUUAGAAUUUCUUUUUACUACAUCAAGUUAACUUGUUGAAAAUUUUAAUGCU